AGCAGAUGCCACUGAUGUUCUAUAUAAUCUAGUUGCUGUACUAGCCUCUCUACACAGAGAAGUCCCUUCUGAAUCCUGAGGUAAGGUUAAGGAAGACAAAAAUGGGUGAGGAGCAUAUGGUUCAGAUUCAAGUUCCACGAGUCAAACUAGGAAACCAGGGACUAGAGGUCUCGAAGCUGGGAUUUGGUUGUGCAGGAUUGUUUGGAGUCUACGACAACCCUGUCUCUGAAGAACUCGCUGUUUCAAUCAUCAAGUAUGCAUUCAGCAAAGGAAUCACAUUUCUUGAUACAUCAGACUUUUACGGACCAAAUGCUGAGCUUUUGGUUGGAAAGGUAUUGAAGGAGCUACCUCGAGAAAAGAUCCAGUUAGCCACCAAAUUUGGUCUUGUUAGAGCUGAACCUACUCAUAUGGUAGUGAAUGGUACCCCUGAGUAUGUCCGCUCCUGUUGUGAGGCUACUCUUAAACAUCUCGAUGUGGGUUACAUUGAUCUCUACUAUCAACACCGAAUUGACACUUCAAUACCUAUCGAGGAAACUAUGGGGGAGCUUAAGAAGUUGGUUGAAGAGGGAAAGAUUAAGUACAUCGGGCUAUGUGAAGCUAGCUCAGACACAAUAAGGAGGGCUCAUGCAGUUCAUCCCAUUACUGCCAUAGAAAUGGAGUGGUCCCUUUGGACUCGAGAAAUUGAAGAAGAAAUUCUCCCACUUUGCAGGGAACUUGGAAUUGGGAUAGUUCCAUACAGUCCUCUCGGCCGCGGGUUUUUUGGUGGCAAGGCUGCAGGGGAAAAUUUGCCUGCAAACAGUUUUCUGAGAUCAAAUCCUAGGUUUCAAGGUGAGAAUUUUGAAAAGAACAAGCUCCUCUAUGCUAAAAUAGAGAUGUUGGCUGAAAAGCACAGAUGCACUCCUGCACAACUUGCCCUUGCUUGGCUUUUUCAUCAAGGGGAUUAUGUGGUGCCUAUACCCGGAACGACCAAGAUUAAAAAUAUUGAUAACAAUAUCAGUUCCUUGAGAUUAAAGUUCACACAAGAAGAAUUAGAAGAGAUUUCUGCUGCAGUGACACCAGAAGAGGUGGCAGGAGCUAGAGUAGCUGAUAAUUUGAUUCUCUGCUCGUGGCGGUUUGCAAAUACACCCGCAAGGGAGACCAAGAGUUCAAAUCUGUGAGUGCGGUAGGAUAAUUUGCAGACAUAUUCAUAUUCUGGGACUAUUAUGAAACUAUAUUCUCCAUUAAUAUGUCCCAGUUGAACUGAAGACAUAACUUAUGUUUCUUAGAAUAGCAUUAAUGUUGUUGAUUUUAGUGUAUCAAAGCAUAUUUUUCAUGCUUUCAUGCUCAUUAACCUAAGGAUUAAUGCAUAACAUUUCAUGAAUAAGA